UCCGCUUUCCUCGCUUAAUUGAGUUCCUUUCCCGAGGAGUUCGGGUCUGUCUGCCGAGUUUGGCUUCUUCUUCUCCUCUCUGUCCGUACCGCCGUGCCUGCGGGGAGAGAGCAGCCGCCGCCGCCGCCGCCCCCCCCCUCCCUUACUCGGCCCCGCGGCAGUGAGGAUGGGCCACCUGUGGACACCGGGAGCCUUCCCCGCCGCCUGGACGGUCUUCCUGUUUCUCUUCAACUCCGUCUCCGGCAGCCUGGCCAAGAGACACGUAGUUUACUGGAACUCCACAAACGCAAGGUUAACCGGGGGUGAUUUGUCCAUCCAGGUGAACCUCAACGACUACCUGGACAUCCUCUGCCCCCACUACCCUGACAACGGACCCCCCGGCCCCGGGCAGCCAGAGACGCUGGCUCUCUACCUGGUGGGGGAGACAGCCUUUCGGGGCUGUUUGGAGACCAAGGGGGCCAUAAAGAGAUGGGAGUGCAACGACCCUCACACGCCGUUCGGACCCGUACGCUUCUCCGAGAAGAUCCCGUUCACACCCUUCUCCCUGGGAUUCGAGUUCAUUCCGGGGCACCACUACUACUACAGCUCGCUGCCUGCAGAUGAGGGCCCUCCUCUGCCCUGCAUGAAGCUGCGUGUCACCGUGUGCUGCGAGCCCAUUUCAGAGGGGUCCAAACAGAAACAAGAAACUCCAGCACCUCGAGGUACUGCAGGCUCAUCGAGAACAGCGUUACCUCCAUUUUUCCUCCUCCUCCUCCUCCUGUUGUUGGCCAUCUAGCUGAGCUCUCUCUCUCCCUCCCUCCCUCCCU